CUGAUGUCAGACCACGGAGACUGUGCGAUUCAAUAAUAAGAUGCUGGUGAGGUAGAUGCCAGUCAGUCCUCAGUUUGAUCGCCCGACUUCCCGGUUGUCUCUCUGGAGAGCGAGAGAGAGAGCGAGAGAGAGCCACUCGCGUCACCCUCGGCGUGGAAGACAGCUCCGCGCGGUCAUUCGAAAGACCGCAACGACUAAAGCUCAACGAGCAACGCCAGUCCUUCGUUCCGCUCCAACUUGACUUUUCCCGGGAUCCGGGAUCGUGCUCGUCCACGACGUCCACCAGACGAGACGAGACGAGACGAGAGGAGACCGUUCAGCCAGGAGUGUCAGAGUCAUAUGAAUCUCUUAUAUCGACUCUACCGUAAUGCGUUGCAUGACAUGAGUGAGACGCAUAGGUACGGCAGAUACGGGAAGAUGCUAAUGACUGGAUAAGCAUCAUGUACGCACGUAUAUGUAAUACAUGUAAAUAGAGGCAACGAAACGUAAAGUGACUAAAUCUUCGAAGCGUAAAAGAGAGAAACGAAAGUUUUCGAGGUAACAAACUGCACCAGGCCACAGACUGCGCUAUACAAGCUACGAGCAGUACGAGCUACGAGUCUACAGAUAGAGAUUCGUACGGAGUAGAAAAGAGUUGGAUAACGAUUAACGAUCCUCCGUCGGCAAGAUGCCUGCUCAAUUUGAAAGUGUCAACAGUCCCGUGACGCGGGAGUCCGCGAUCGGAAAUGGAGUGCCGUAUUCCGUCGAUAGUGACAUCGUCAUUACGGGCAUAUCAGGCCGUCUGCCAGAGUCGUCCAAUAUCGAGGAGUUUAAGGAGAAUCUGAUGAAAGAAAUGGACAUGGUCACUGGUGACGAUCGCCGUUGGUCAGCGGACGCCCACGGGAUACCGCACAGGUCUGCCAAGCUCAAGGACCUCAGCAACUUCGACGCCUCUUUUUUCGGGGUACAUCCCAAGCAGGCACACGCAAUGGACCCGCAGCUUCGCAUGAUGUUAGAAGUCACGUACGAGGCGAUAGUCGACGCUGGCAUCAAUCCCUCGACCGUGAGAGGAUCGCGUACCGGGGUGUUCAUCGGUGUCUCUUGUUCGGAAACGGAUGACUUUUAUAUGAGAGAUAUGGAUACCAUAAAUGGAUACGGAUUGCUCGGGUGUUCGAAAUCGAUGUUCGCCAACAGAGUCUCCUUCUGUUUCGACUUCAGCGGACCUAGUUACGCGGUGGACACGGCUUGUUCCUCGGCCUUGUACAGCAUGCAUCAGGCAGUGGCCGCGAUGCGCAACGGCGAGUGCGAUGCCGCGAUCGUCGGUGGAUUGAAUCUCGUAUUAAGACCGGCGACCUCGCUUCAAUUUCAUAAACUGAAUAUGCUGGCCCAGGAUGGCAAGUGCAAAGCGUUCGACGCUUCAGGUGACGGUUACGUGAGGGCCGAGGCGGUGGUGGGGAUAUAUUUGCAAAAGGCGAAGGAUGCGCGCAGAGUAUACGCCACGGUGAUUCACACGAAAACAAACACCGACGGCUACAAAUCUCAGGGUGUCACGUAUCCCAAUGGUGAAAUGCAGAAUCGAUUGAUGCGCGAGGUCUACAGCGAAGCGGGAAUUAAUCCCGCAGACGUGGUUUACGUGGAGGCCCAUGGUACCGGUACCAAAGUAGGUGAUCCAGAGGAAAUCAAUUCCAUCGACGAACUGUUCUGCAAAAAUAGGAAGACUCCUUUGCUGAUUGGCUCGGUCAAAUCCAACAUGGGUCACUCGGAGCCGGCCAGUGGAUUGUGCUCGAUCGCCAAAGUGCUAGUCGCGAUGGAAGCGGGCGUGAUACCCGCGAAUUUGCACUUUGAUACUCCAAAUCCGAACAUUCCUGCCUUAAACGAGGGGCGCAUUCGAGUGGUCGACAAGGCCACACCGUGGAACGGUGGUCUCGUAGGCGUCAACUCGUUCGGCUUCGGCGGCGCAAACGCGCAUGUCGUUCUGCGCAGCAAUCCAAAACCAAAAUUGUCACCAUUAUUAAACAUCGCCGAAUUGUCGCCCAAAUUGGUCGCUGUGUCAGGUCGAACGGAAGAAGCUGUGCACACCUUGCUGGCGAAGGCGAAAGAGCAUCGUAAAGACGACGAAUUUCUUUCUCUGUUACACAUAAUGCACAACAACGACAUCCCCGGUCACAAGAUUCGCGGCUACGAGAUACUCGGCGUCGAUGGUACGCGGGAAAUGGCCGAGGUAGCGAGCUAUAACGAGAGGCGCCCCAUUUGGUUCAUAUUUUCCGGCAUGGGCACGCAAUGGCCAGGCAUGGGUCGUCAAUUGUUCGGCAUUGAAACUUUUCAACGUAGUUUGCGACGAUGCGCGGAUGCAUUGGCGCCCCACGACAUCGACCUUAUGAAUAUCAUCAUGAACGCUACGAACGAAACGUACGAGAACGUGAUGGAUGCCUUCGUGUCUAUUGCGGCUAUGCAGGUCGCCCUCGUGGACGUUUUAACGUCGAUAGGCAUACAUCCGGACGGCAUAAUCGGACACUCCGUUGGAGAAUUGGGUUGUGCUUAUGCCGACGGCGCAUUUACCGCGGAGCAGACUGUUUUAGCGGCUUACAGUAGAGGCAAAGCGAUUAUAGACUCCAAGUUGGAACCAGGCGCCAUGGCGGCAGUUGGUUUGAGCUGGGAGGAGGCCAAAAAAAUGUGCCCGCCCGAUAUCACUCCAGCUUGUCACAACUCCACCGACUCGAUCACUAUUUCCGGUCCGCGUGAGUCUAUACGCAAAUUCGUACCGGUGCUGAAGAGCAAAGAUAUCUUCGUCAAGUUGGUCAACAGUUCCGGCUUCUCUUUCCACAGUAAAUACAUCGCCCCGGCCGGGCCUAGGCUACGCGCUUCGCUCGAGAAAAUUAUCCCGAGUCCAAAGCAGAGGUCGGCCAGAUGGAUCUCCAGCUCCGUCCCCGAGGCUGCAUGGGGCAGUCCGCUCGCGCAGCUUAGCUCCGCCGCGUAUCACGUCAACAAUUUGUUGUCGCCUGUGCUCUUUCAGGAGGCGAUCGCGCAUGUCCCAGAGAACGCGAUAACGAUCGAGAUCGCGCCGCACUGCUUGCUACAGGCAAUCUUGCGCAGAUCGUUACCACCAACGGUGACCAAUAUCGGCCUCCACAAGCGGGACCAUUCGGACAAUCUGGCCUUUCUGCUGUCCAACGUGGGCAAGCUGUAUAUGGCCGGUGCGCAACCUGACGUUUCCAAAUUGUAUCCGCCGAUGAGUUGGCCCGUUGGUCGCGGAACACCGAUGAUCGGACCCCUGGUCAGGUGGGAUCAUACUACCGCGUGGGACGUGGCUGUUUUCAAACGGACAUCGGACAGCUCGGGAGAGUGCGUCGUCCAAAUUGAUCUGUCAAAAGAAACAGACGCGUAUCUAGCGGGGCACCAGAUAGACGGACGAGUCCUUUUCCCAGCCACUGGCUAUAUUUUAUUGGUGUGGAAAACUUUGGCGAAACUGCGCGGCGUCGAGUUUGAACGAUUGCCGGUAGUGUUCGAGAACGUGCGGUUUCAGCGAGCCACUAUUAUGCCGAAGGAGGGAACGGUGAAAUUCUCGAUAACUAUUUUCAAGGGAACGGGCGAUUUUGAGAUCUGCGAGACCGACGCGAUUGUCGUCAGCGGAAACGUCCGCGUGUCCGAGACUAUCGAGAAGCAUCAGCUGAAACUGCCGCCACCAUCAGUACCGCCUACCACGGAGGAGACUUUGCCGUUAAAUACCAAAGACAUUUACAAGGAACUGAAGCUGCGCGGUUACGAGUAUCGCGAUAUCUUCCAAGGAAUCAAAUCUUGCGACAACUACGGCGUUGCCGGCGAACUUUACUGGUUCGAUCAAUGGGUUCCGUACAUAGACACUAUGCUUCAGUUAAGCAUAGUGUCCACCAGCCACAAGCUAAUGUAUUUACCGUCGCGUCUCCAGUACGCCGCGAUCGACCCCGUUCUUCACAAACGACUGGUGGAAGAAUUACCGGAAGAUGGUGGUUUACCAGUGUAUCAUUACAAGAACAUCGAUGUAAUUAAAUCGGGUGGCGUCGAGCUCAGAGGAUUGAAAUCUUCCUUGGCGCCUCGUCGACAGCAGACUCAAGCCGAUCCAAAAUACGAACGCUACACUUUCGUACCCUAUGAAAAUUCACACAGUCUGAUAGAGGAUCCAAUGAGAGGAAAAGUGCACGCGCUCACUGUACUCUUGCAAAUUAUGUGCGAAAACUUGAUGGCAUUGAAAUUGAAGACCGUGGAAGUUGCAGGCGAACGAGCUGCCGAAGCUCUUUUGGCGCCGCUUAUUCUCGACAUUUUCCACGGGGAACUGGGCGCGCCUAUCAUUGAUUUAAAAGUGGUCGCAGUUUCUGCCGACACGUACACGGCGAGUUUGAGCCAAAUGAACGUGAACGCUGACAUCGUAACGCAAGACGUGAAUAAAGCACCACCCGCUCAGGAUGUGCACUUUGUCAUAGCGGCGGACGUUCUGUCCAAUCAAUCUUAUACCGUUCUCAAAAACUUGGUAGCUGCCUUAAAACCUGGUUGUUUCGUGCUUCUGGAGGAGACGGCUGCGCAACUGAAUUUGAAGACCGCGUUGAAGGAAACGGAUUUAACAUUGGCCGGUAAACAAAUCGAUCCCACGGGAAAGACUUACUUGUUGCUGAAGAAGCGGCAGAAAAGCAGCAGGGAACCGACGGUAAUACAAAUCACAGAGAAAUCACUCUCCUGGCUGGAAGAUGUAAAAGCAGCACUGAAGAAAUCUGACGGCGAAGAUGAUCAAGAAGUGCUUCUUGUAUCUCAAGGCGAAGGAACGCUUGGCUUGGUCGGACUCAUGACUUGUAUACGACGCGAGACAGGCGGUGCAAAUGCGCGUUAUAUCUUUAUCCAAGACAAGAACGCUCCCAAGUUUGGUUUAUCCGUGCGGUCUUACGUCGAACAGUUGGACAAAGGAUUAAUGGCUAAUGUGCUAAAAGGAGGACAAUGGGGCUGUUAUCGACACUUGCCAUUGGAUCAACCGAGCGACGUGUCUUCCCUACAAGUGGAGCACGCCUAUGUAAACACAUUGACAAGAGGAGACCUCAGCAGUUUGAGAUGGAUCGAAGGACCGUUAAGUUACUACCGUUCUGACACGUUUCCCAAUAUGAAAUUUUGCAGCGUAUACUAUGCUCCAUUAAACUUUAGGGAUAUCAUGUUGGCGAGUGGCAAAUUACCACCGGACGCCUUGCCAAAUAAUAUGGCUACGGAAGAAUGUAUAUUGGGGCUUGAAUUUUCCGGAAGAGACACCGACGGUCGUCGUGUGAUGGGCAUAGUCGAAGCUAAAGGGUUGGCGACCACUGUGGUCGCGGAUCUUGAUUUCCUUUGGGAGGUACCCGACAAGUGGACGUUGGAACAGGCGGCGACGAUACCUGUCGCUUACGCGACUAGUUACUACGCUCUGUUUAUACGAGGUCGAUUGAAAGCAGGCGAAAGCGUGUUAAUCCACGCUGGUACAGGCGGCGUCGGUCAAGCAGCGAUCGCCAUUGCUCUGCACGCUGGUUGUACCGUCUUUACUACCGUCGGCACGCUGGAUAAGAGAGAAUAUCUGAAGAAAAUAUUUCCACAGUUGACCGACAGGCACAUCGGCAAUUCCCGAGACACCAGUUUCGAACAGCUAAUACGUGCCGAGACUCAGGGACGUGGGGUCGACGUCGUGCUGAAUUCACUGGCAGAGGAGAAAUUGCAAGCUGGCAUUCGGUGCCUGGCGUUCGGUGGCCGUUUCCUUGAGAUCGGCAAGUACGAUCUGUCGAACGACAGCCGCGUAGGGAUGUCAAUGUUUUUGAAGAAUACGUCUUUCCACGGUAUAUUGUUGGACGCGCUGUUCGGAGAAGACAACGCGGUGAAAAAGGAAUUGGUGAACCACGUUUCGGAGGGAAUCAAGAAUGGCGCGAUACGUCCGCUUCAAUCGACCGUGUUUUCGGAGCAACAGCUCGAGCAGGGAUUUAGAUUCAUGGCAACGGGCAAGCAUAUCGGCAAAGUACUAGUGAAGAUCCGUGAUGAGGAACCGACGAAGAAGCGUGUAUUAGCAACGCCGAAGACAGUGGCCGCGAUCCCACGUACUUACAUAAAUCCGGAGAAGUCGUACGUCCUGGUCGGCGGUCUCGGUGGGUUUGGGUUAGAAUUGGCCACGUGGAUGAUCGCCCGCGGCGCCAAAUUCAUCGUUCUCGUGUCGCGCUCAGGCAUACGCACCGGUUACCAGGCAUUGUGCGCGCGUCGCUGGCGCGAAAGCGGCGUAAAAGUCGUCGUCUUCACGGAGGAUGUUACGACAUUCGCGGGUGCUGAGCGCUUAAUCCAAGAUAGCAACCGGCUGGCUCCGGUAGGCGGUAUAUUCAAUCUGGCAGCUGUGCUACGCGAUGCUCUGAUUGAAAACUUGGAAGAGGCCGAUUUCAAAACGGUCAUUUUGCCGAAAGUCAAUGUUACAAAGAAUUUAGAUGCGGUAUCGAGAAAGCUCUGCCCAUCGUUGGAUUACUUUGUGGUAUUCUCGUCCGUGUCGUGCGGUCGCGGCAAUAUGGGUCAAACCAACUACGGUCUCGCAAAUUCGACCAUGGAGAGACUGAUGGAAGAGAGGCAGGCUAAUGGUUUACCCGGUCUCGCCAUUCAAUGGGGUGCCAUCGGAGAUGUUGGCUUAAUUAUAGAAACGAUGGGAGAUAACGAUACCGAAGUGGGCGGUACUCUACCGCAACACAUGUCGAGUUGUCUCGCGACGAUGGAUAUAUUCCUUCAACAACCGCAUCCGGUGUUGGCUUCCUCGGUGUUGGCUGAAAAACAUAAAGCCGAUGACGGCAACAAGGCUGAUCUCAUCGCAACCAUUGCCAAUAUCCUAGGCAUUAAAGAUGCCACGUCGAUUAAUCCCAAUAAUAACUUGGCCGAUUUGGGUAUGGACUCGCUGAUGGGCACGGAAAUCAAACAGACUCUCGAGAGAAACUACGACAUUCUAUUGUCGGCUCAAGAGAUCCGUAAUUUAACCUUUGCCAAAUUGCAAGAAUUAUCUUCGACCAGUGGUGAGAUAACGAAAGAGCAGCAACCUCUCGCCGCGGAUACGACCACUAUUACCGCAGACUCAAACGUUUCGAUCAACAUGCUGUUGAUGCAGUGGCCGAGCAACGAAUUGCUGCCUAAAGAGGCGCUCGUUCGCUUGAAAACAAAGACGUCCAACGGACCGACGUUAUUCGUCGUUCACGGUAUCGAGGGUCUCGUUAAAUCGCUAGAAUAUGUGGCCAGCGAACUCGAAAGGCCGUUAUGGGGUCUGCAGAGUAUUGAGCAGGCGCCUCACGAAACGAUACCGGAGUUGGCUGAAUUCUAUGUGAAUACCAUUAGAAAAGUUCAGAAGAAAGGACCAUAUCACUUGGCAGCAUACUCGUAUGGAACUUGCGUCGCCAUCGAGAUGACUUUGCAAUUGGAAGCCGCUGGAGAAAAGGUAGUUCUGAGUCUGAUCGAUGGUUCGUUGGCAUUCGUGCGACAGCAAUGUGAUAUGAUUGGCAAACUAGAUGAGAUGAAAAAAAUUACUUCCGAAGGCUGUAUGAAAGCGUUGGCAUAUUUCAGCAUACAAUUUAAUAAGAAAAUAAAUUUCAUUCAAGCGUAUGACGUUUUGAAGCAGAGUAAAUCAGAUGUGGAGAUGUUUGACAAGAUGAUAGAAGUGAUAGGCGAUACGCCGUUUACACAGGACGAUCUAAAAAUUGCCGGAUAUCUUUUAUUCAAAAAAUUGGCAGCUGCUGUAUUUUAUAAUCCGAAUAAAAAGAUCAAGGGACCGGUCACACUGAUUAAAGCUGCAGAAAACUUUCUGCAUUUAAAAAAGGAUUAUGAUUUAUCAAAUAUUUGCACACAACCCAUAAGAAUAGAAGAGGUGUCCGGUAAUCAUAGGACAAUGUUGCUAGGAGAAAGUGCAAAGAAGGUCGCAAGUCUCUUGCGAGCGUAGCUUGCGGAAGAAAAAAGUUUUAUUAUAUUUGAGAAUGCGUACGUGGCAUAUAUCCCGUGUUGCUGAUAAAACUUAAUAUUUUCCAUAAUAUAGAGAAGUUGCAAAAACAUUGUACAUAUAUAUCUUAUAUAUAAAUUGCAAUAUUGCAAAUACGGUAUACUAUAUUGUUCCAAUGUAACUGAAAAGUUAUAUGCUGUAUAGAUUGACGUGAUUAGUACGUUGCAAGAUUCUUUUCGUAUAUAAUUCAUCAUACUUGAAUAUUAUAGGUUUAAAAUUGCGUUUGUAAGCAGUUGAAUCGUACAAAAUGAGAAAGACGCUAGGAUAAAACGAAAUCAGCUUCUUAAUAUGAUAACUGUACGUUACCCUCUAUUUAAAUAAAUAACAAAAAUUUUUGUAAUUUUUAAGUUUAAGAUCUUGUUUUUUAGGAUAUUAUGUAUAAGAAUGUGAUUCCCAAAGUGGGCAAAUUAAAUAUUUAUAUUAUUUAAUUUGUAUUAAUGGUGAAUAUAGCAUUACUAUUUAUUUA